AUGCGGCUCAAAAAAUCACAAAGGGCCGAGUUCUUCGAGGAAGAAGAAAUCAUCCCCGAAAAGCCCGCGCCACGACGACGCAUUCCAUCCAAACCCUUCCGUCUUCUGGAUUUACCGUCCGAGAUCCGCGAGCGCAUCUACCAUUUCGCCCUGUUCACUCCGGCGCGGAAGAGCGCUCUGAAGAAGAAUGGCACCGUGGGCGCAUCCGCAAAGAAAAGCAAAGCUUUCUCCCCAACGUCACAGCGCAUCGCGUUGUUCUUGACCUCGCGCCGUAUUCACGAUGAGGCCAGUUAUUAUUUCUACUCGACGCAAAUUUUCCGGCUCUUCCCCGUGCAGGAUUUCGCGAAAAUGCCGACCGUCCGCCAACUACCCCGUCGCCACCGCGGUUCCGUGACCACGAUCGAGUUGAUUCUCGGGAAUAGCUGGACUGCUCCGCCGCGAACAUGGACUGUCAAUCAGGGCUUGGGUCUGCACGAUAUGGUCCUCACGCGCACGUUGAAGGUCUUUCUCGAAUGCGAUCCCUCGCAGCCGAUCUUUGAGGGUUUCCGGGUCUCCAAGGAAUAUUACACCGAGUUUGCGGGGCGACUUAUGCGACAGGUUCUGGAACGACUGCCGGGUCUGGUCCAGGUCGAAUUCGAUGCGUAUCCGUCGGUCCACAAGAACGGGUCUUUGAUGACCCGGUUGCUGCAGGAGACUCGAGACUUUAACAAGAAAGUUCUAUGGGGCCCAGAGAGAGGCUGGGUAGACGACGAAGACGAUUAUGAUGAUCCGGAAAAGGAUCCGGCAGAUGCGGCCAUCGAUGGCCUGCGUGCCUCUCAUCCGGGGGUUGAUUUUCUGGCAGACUCACUGCAGCUCGUGAGUUUAGAAACGGAGACGGUGGCCGCAUAG